ACAAACAACCCUCCUACUCUGCCUAUAAGCUAAUCCACACCUUCACUCGAGUACCAUGAAAUCUUUACCCAGGCGUCUCGUCGUCCCCAUCCUCCUCCUACUCAUCUCCUACCUGCAGCCACCUUUAGCCACAGGUAACACCUACGCCACUGUCUGCGGCAAAACCGGCAAGUACAAGGCCAACAGCACCUACCAAGACAACGUCCGGUCCGUCACCGAAUACAUCGCCAACGAAGCCUCCUUCAGUGGAGGCAACGGCUUCGCAACGACGACCAUCGGUGCCGGCCCUGACACCGUUCACGGCCUCGGGAUAUGCCGCGGCGACACCCCCGAUAAUGUCAACUGCUACCAGUGGCUUUCCACGGCCUCCGAAGCAGCAUCAAACUCUAUAAUCUGUCCGUACGACAAGGACGCCACUUUCUUCUACGACGGUUGCAUCAUGCGCUUCUCCGACCAGGACUUCCUCUCCUCCAAGGACAACGAGCCGGUAGUCAUCCUCAACAACACGGAAAUGGCGAUGCCCGCCGCUGUGGCCGGCAGCUUCGACGUUCUCGUGGAUACGCUCUUGAACAGGACAGCAGAGCAUGCGGCUGCAGCAGCUGAUGCAGGCAAGAAGAAGAUGGCCACCGGCGAGGCCGUGUUCAGCGCGGGUGAUCCUUCGCCGGAAACGAAGGUGUACAGCCUGGCGCAGUGCACGCCGGACAUGGCGACCGCGUGGUGCCGCGAUUGCCUCGCGCAUCUGAUGGACAAACUGGCUCUUAGGAUUCGUGGGGCUCUAGGGGAGAGAGUGUCUGGCGUGAGGUGCAACGUGCGAUUCGAGGUGUAUCCGUUCUAUGUUGGCGAGGCGAUGGUAAGAAUUGAAGGAACCACGCUGGCGCCGUCACCUGCGCCCUUUCCGUCGAGUCCGCCGCCCACGCCUCGUGAAGUGGUGACCCCUGUUAGUUCACCGAACAAAGGAGGAAUCAAGAAUAAGAUCUGGAUAAUAGCCGUGAGUGCGUCUCUCGCACUUCUGUUAUUUUCCAUCCUUUUUGCCUUUAUGUGGACUCGGUCAAGACAAAGAGAUAAGAGAAACACAAACUCGCAAUUGCAAGUUGCUCCGCCUAGCACAGAGGAGGCUAUAAUGAUCUGGAGGAUGGAAGAGGGUCACUCUGAAUUCUCGACGUUCGAGUUCUCUCAGAUAGUAGAUGCCACAAACAACUUUUCAGAAAUAAAUAAACUUGGAGAAGGUGGUUUUGGUCGUGUAUACAAGGGACAACUGCCAAAUGGUCUUGAGAUAGCAGUUAAGAGACUAGCUCAACAUUCAGGGCAAGGUCUGAAUGAGUUCAAGACUGAGAUUCAGCUUAUUGCCAAGCUUCAGCAUACCAACUUGGUGAGACUCUUGGGAUGCUGCAUUCAGGGAGAAGAGAAGAUUCUUAUAUAUGAAUACAUGUUAAACAAAAGCUUGGACUUCUUCAUAUUUGAUACGACAAGAAGAUCACUAUUAAACUGGAACAGGAGGCGCCACAUAAUUGAAGGGAUAGCUCAAGGACUACUCUAUCUCCACAAGCACUCGCGUUGGCGGGUUAUACACAGGGAUUUAAAAGCGAGCAAUAUUCUCUUAGACGAUAAUAUGAACCCGAAGAUAUCGGAUUUUGGUCUAGCUCGAAUAUUUGGGUCGAAUGAAACCCACGCUAAUACAAGCAGAGUUAUGGGAACACAUGGUUAUAUGGCUCCUGAAUAUGCUUCAGAGGGACAGUUCUCGAUCAAGUCAGACGUCUUCAGCUUCGGUGUGCUGCUCCUGGAGAUUAUAAGUGGCAAAAGAAACAACGGGUUCCACCAAACCGGGAAUUAUGGCAAUCUUCUUGGAUAUGCUUGGCUAUUAUGGAAAAGGGAAAAUUGGUGUGAGCUCAUUGACCCUUGCUUAGAUGUUAAGCAUCCAAAUAUGGACAUUAUGAGAUUCAUUAAUGUCGGGUUAAUGUGUGUUCAAGACAACGCUGUUGAUCGGCCUGCGAUCUCGGAUGCUAUCUCACUGCUUAUGAAUGAGAGCACAAGCUUGCCUGACCCAAAGCAGCCGGCUUAUUUUAGGAACAGAGGAGAAUAUCCAUUUGAGCUAGAGGAACCACAAAGUGUAAACCUUGUAACUGGUUCACCUCCGGAUGGUAGAUAGUGGAACUUUGUAAUAGUUGUAACUUUACCACAUCGUUAUUUGUUAGCAUAUGAACGUCUUUCCAACUUGAAUUAAUUUGCAGAACAUUGUGAGGACCGAGGAGGUAGUCCAUAUCAGUCAUGGUUGACUCCGCUGAAUUUCUUUAGUUGUAACUUUACCACAUCGUUAGUAUUUGUUAACAUA